AUGACCACCCCAUCUCCAGACUCUGCCCGUCGAGGAGCGUACUUUGUACCUCUGGCGCUUCCACCGCGUCAGCUCAUGCUCAGCUUACACCGUGAUCUCUCAUUGCUCCUGGCUAGCGACCCCGUCUCGUACACUGUCCCGCUUGUGCUGCCAUAUCGCUCUCGUGCUCAUGAGGCGCGGAUCGCGACCCGCCCAUACCCUCGUCCUUCCGAGGGUCUUAGUACCGCACGUUCAACUACCCCCAGCCGAGAACCGACUCCCGGCACCAUGAGGAUGCCUUCUGCUGGGUCCGCGAGGGCAGCUACUCCUGGUCCUGCGAGGGCUGGCACUCCUGAUCCCGCAAGGGCAGGCACUCCUCGUCCCGCGAGGGCUGGCACUCCUGGCCCCGCGAUGGCAGCUCCUCCUGGCCCCGUUGUGGCACCUACUCAUAAUUUGCUGAGGUCGUCGACUCCAAGGCAGUCGUCGACAUCCCGCACAGUAUCGCCUGGUUCAACUCGCAACUCAGUAGAACCCGAGGACAGCGAGGAUAGCUCUGAAUUAUCCUCCGCAUCCCCUUCCCGAGAAUCCACACCUGUGACAUCUCGUCGCGUCGAAUUUGCAACAUCUGUCCCAAGACACGAUCUAGUGCCCAGGCCUGUUGGGAGCGCUGGUCGUCCCCGUAGCGGCGGCUACACACUUCGCACCAAGAUGGGCCUCAAAAAUAAGGCUUACGUGUCAGUUCAGCGUGAUGUCAACAAAGUUGUUUCGCAAUGGCUCCACCACUCGCAAACUGUCUCGAAGCAACCACCAGGAGCGGUCGAGCGCGCCAAACAACUGCUUGUGCAGAAGUAUCCGGAGUUCGUCAACAAGUACGAGGAUGCUUGGCCGCUUGACGAUUUGAUCGCGAAGAGGCUUGCGUACACUGCUCGGGAAAUCAAGAAGGGGAUCAGCAAGCCGCAGGAUGCGGCGUUCCACGACAAUAUGAAGGUUAGAUUUACGUCCUACGACCAACUCACCAUCUGA